AUGGAAUCUAAAGGAGUUAUUGGGAUCGUAGGUGCUGGAAUUGUUGGUUGUGUAAGCGCCCUCGCCUUCCACGAUCGUGGAUACGAUGUAGCGUUAUUUGAAAUGAGGUCAGACCCCAAAUCCGCCAAGUUAAGCAACCUUAAGCUGAUCAACUUGUCAUUGAGUAAUAGAGGUAUCAGGACAUUGAAGCUUGUUAAUCCUGAAUUAUGUGACACCAUUAUGAAGGAAACCGUUCCAUUAUAUGGUAGAAUGAUCCAUGAUUUGAAAGGAAAUGAGAUUUCCCAGAAAUACGGUUUGUUCGGAGAAUACAAUAACUCCAUUGAUAGAGGAUUGCUUAACCAACUUUUGAUCGAAGAAGUCAAACAAAAAGGAAUUAAGGUAUUCUUCAACCAUAAACUCGUUCAUGGGGAAAAUUUUGAUAAUCAUCCAAAACUUGUGUUCUCCACAAAUGGAGAAGAACAGUCUUACGACUUCGAUUAUGCAAUUGGAGCUGAUGGAGCUUUCUCCCAAUUCCGUUACCAAAUGCAAAAACAAUUAAGAAUGAACUUCAGUCAAAAUUUUAUCGACAUGCAAUACAUGGAGUUAUUCAUACCUCCAAAUAAUGACGCCUCCGCUACCUCCAAGUACAGAAUCGACCCAAAUCAUUUACAUAUUUGGCCCAGAGAGGAUUUUAUGUUAAUCGCGUUAGCUAACGGUGAUGGAUCGUUUACUUCGACCUUUUUCAGUCCAUGGUCAGUCAUUGAGGGUAUGAAGACCAGUGAUGAGUUUGUGGACUUUUUCCAAAAGAAUUUUCCUGACGGAUAUGAACUUUUAGGUAGGGAACAUCUUGUAGAUGCUUUUGACAACAAGCCUCGUGGAGCCUUGGUACAAAUAAGUUCAUAUCCUUACCAUUCACCAACAGGGAAAGCUCUCAUUAUUGGGGAUGCAGCUCAUCUGAUGGUACCAUUUUACGGUCAAGGGUUGAACUGUGGUUUAGAAGACGUGAGAAUCUUAUUGGAAUUACUCGAUGAGACUGGCGAUUUGUCUGAGGCCUUCAAGACCUAUAGUCCUAGUAGAAGAGAUGAUUUGACUACUAUCUGUAAAUUAGCCAUGGACAAUUAUAAUGAGAUGGCUUCUAAAGUGACCAAAACAUCAUUUUUAUUGAGAAAGAAGCUUGAUUACUACUUUGGGAAAUAUGCUAACGGGGUUCUCUUUCCUUGGAUUCCAAUGUACUCCAUGAUUUCCUUUCGCGAUGAUAUCAACUACUCUAAAGCAGUAGCCAUUGAAAAUAGACAGUCAAAGAUACUCCAUUACCUCCAGAUAGGAUUGAUCGGAACAGUAGCGUUAGGGGUUUAUCAUGGAGUCAAAUGGUAUGAGAGAUUAGCCAGACAAUAG